AGUCAGACAAUGACAUUCCUUAAACCCCAACAUUCUUGUCAGCUAUUUGACCAUCUCUUGGGAUUUAUCAGAAAGGGUGUAAUCCGCGCCACAUUCAACAACAGUCUAUGCUUUUUGUUGUCGUUGUAAUCUUCGCAAAAUACUUAUAAUGUCAUCCCGCCUCAUCAAACUAUUAGAGUUUGUGGUGAUAAUUUUAUCGCUCGUACAAGCAAAAGGAAAAGCCAAAGGAAAAGCCAAAGGGAAACACCAUCAUGGAAAAUUGUCGUCCAGAAAUGUAGACAGCGAAUUGUGUCCAACGAAUUGUGUCUGGGAUCAGGAGCUGGGAACUACGGUGAGAGAGGUAGCCCCAGGAAAGUUUGCGGAGGAGACGCGCAUGGCGAAACAUUGCGACACGAACUGUCACAGACCCGAUAAUUGCUUGCGGAGUCAGGAUCCGGACAACACUAAACACACAUCCUAUAUAUGUGCUCCAAUUAGUAGUUUGUGUAACCUCAACGAAAACAGCGGUUGUGAACGACAUGUUAUUCAUGGCUACGAAGGAACUCUUCUGCCUUGGCCUUACGUAAGAGGUGAUAUGAAUUCAGUGGAAAAGAAGACGGAACCUCCCCUAUCAGAUUACAACAGAGAAAACUGUCCUGUUUGCAUGAGGCCGGAUCUGAGUAAGCUGACGUGUAUAGAUGACAUAUAUAAAACAGAGAGGUGUGUGGAGGGUGACUCCUGCUGGUUGUUUGAACUGAGCGGCUCUGUUCAUGUACACUUAACCAACACUCGUCCCCGCAUUACCUUCGAUAACAUCAUCAAAUGUGAACAAAAUGAACUUGUGGAAAGGCAAAGAGGGUGCAGUCACAGUAAAUGUACUGGUAAAUUCCGUGUGAUGGGGGAAACGGAAAGUACCGCACCGAGUGAACUUCCAUCAACAGAAACGAUUGUAGAGGUGAUCACUACAAACAAACCGGAGAUCACUACAAAUAAACCGGAGAUCACUACAAACAAACCGGAGAUCACUACAAACAAACCGGAGAUCACUACAAACAAACCGGAGAUCACUACAAACAAACCGGAGAUCACUACAAAUAAACCGGAGAUCACUACAAACAAACCGGAGAUCACUACAAACAAACCGGAGAUCACUACAAACAAACCGGAGAUCACUACAGACAGCGAGGUGGUCAUUACAAAAAUGGCGGCGAUCACUACUGCUACUGAAUUCAGUGGAGUGCCAACCAAGCCUCCGACAACCAAGCCUCCAGCCACCAAACCUCCAGCCACCAAGCCUCCAACAACCAAGCCUCCAACAACCAAGCCUCAAACAACCAAGCCUCUAACAAACAAAACCUUAGUUUUUGAUGUGGAGGCAACCACCACGUCGGCGCAGGAGGUUGACAACUUAGAAAUAGAACAAGGAGAAUGUAGCGCCGAUGUUCAGAAUUGUGGCGAGCAAGGUGAUUGCUUUAAGAUCACGUACAGUGACGAAACAGUGGAAACAGUGGAGUAUCGGUGUUCUGAUUCUGAAAACGGUCCAGAGUGUUCUAUAGAUGCAGGUUGUGUUCAAACCUGUUUAGUUAUGGUAACCUGUGUGAACGGAGAUGAUCCCACCACACAGGGGCUUACUACCACCUCCCCUGCCACUACCACUCCGGGCCCAAUACCUCCACGAGUAAAGGCUACUGAUGAUACAUUGGAAGAAGUAAUCAUGGAGAUGAGCAAGAAUACAACAUCAGCAUGUUUGCAAACCAGUUUCACCGUGCUCACCACCUUCUUACUACCCUUCUUUACUUCACUUCUUCUUAGCCACUAACUAUCGUCAGUAUGGAUCAAACACCAAAGUUAAAUUCGGAAACUGGGGACCUACUUCAACUACUACAACCUACUACAACAUUCUACAACAUUCUACAACCUACUAGAACUUCAGGCAUAACUAUUUUUAUAGAAACAUAUUACACAGACCUACUCUUUUAAGCUAAUAGUAUGAAAAGUAAAGAUUAAGAGAAAGUUUAAUAUUCUUCGGGGCGAGACCAUAUUUGAUAUUUUAAUUCUUAUUGGCUGCUCACCAGAAGAUUUUUGGGAGUUCUUUCACAAUUCAGCUCCAGUUUGAUGUUUUCAAAUUAUUUAUUAUUUAUCAAAAAUGCAGAUUAGCUUAGAUAUUCUAAAGAGGAAUGUAUCAGUGUGUGAUGUACGAAAUGUAGCGCUUUAUUCAAUCUGCUGAACAAUCAAACUGACCUGUUUGUAUUUGUGGUGACAGUUGUGGUGAUUUCUAAUUCUAUUUUUUCUAACUGAUAUAAGAUUUUGAUAUUCUGUUUUUUAUCAUACCCGCUCACACUUUAUUUCAAUUUCUUACCUCUCUUUAACUAAGAAAAUUUGUGAAAGU